AUGGCUGCAAAUUCAUCCCAAAUCACCCUAAAGCUUCUGGUGGACACAAAGAGCAAAAGGGUUUUGUUUGCUGAACCUGGGAAAGAUGCAGUUGAUUUCCUGUUCCACAUAUUGACUUUGCCAAUGGGUACUGUCAUUAGGCUUCUCACCAAGCAAAAAUGGUGGGUUGCCUUGGAAACCUAUAUGACAGCGUCGGAAUUCUUGACGAAACAUACAUCCACCAAACCAAGACAAAGAAAACCUUCUCGAACCGAAAACCUUAGUUGA